AUGGCGACCUUCACCCCCGCCUACAGUGGCGGUAUCCCUACCGUUGAAGACACCACCCAAGUUGACAGCGACAGCCCCUUUGUUGAUGAGGAGCAGGGCCCACCUGGCGGGAGAGACGGCCAUGAGCCUUCCGCAACAGAAAGACUAGCUUGUGACCGUUGUCGUAGACGAAAAAUCAAAUGCGAUCGCCUCCAUCCGUGUGCCCAUUGUAUCAAGGCAAAGUUACAAUGCACCUACGACCUGGGCCAGAAGAAGAGGGCAAAGCGACAGCGGGUCAUGAUUUCGAGCGUCUACGAGAGCAGGAUGGAUGAGAUUUCUCAAAAGAUUGAUGAUUUGACAGAAAUUAUGAGUCGUCUUAGCCCUGCCCAUGCCGGCAUCGGUGACACCAUCUCGACAACCAGCCCUCACCCGCCCCCUAACCCUUGGCCUCAAUCUAUGUUGACCCAAACCCCCCGAAUCAACAUCCAGGCGCACCAAAGGGGGAGUCACCAGGAACUGACCGAGGCAGAUGCAAUCGAGCCUUCUCUCUUCUCCCAAGCCGUCUUUGCUACCAAAUUCCUUCAAGCUGUUCUGGCCCAUGACAUAUUCUCACCUGUUGCAUCCGAGAUGACGUCCGCACUCAAGUCGUUGGGUGACAUUGUUGAAGCUCAACAGCGGCGCAACAACUCGUACGACGCCUCAAACCCCUUCUCCAAGACUCUCCCGCUAGGCUACACGAUUAGAGAUCUUCCGCUUCCCCCAACUGGAAAAAUCAUGGCCUGCUUAAGGCUGGCUAAAGAGAAUUGGAGAGUCCAAUCACAUAUUCUUCUCCAAUUCAAGUCCCUUGGCCAUUUCACCGAGUACGUGGUCAAGGCAUGUUCUCCAGGACCGAUGACCGAUGCCGAGUUGAUUCUUGUUCACCUGGGUCUCUAUUGGCUGUUUUAUGAGUGUUCUGGCGUCUCAACAGACCUCAGCACAAAGCAUGAUUAUGCUGCACAAGCAUCUGUCUGUGAGAACAGCCUUGAGAUUGUCCUGUCAAACCUUUCGUUUCAUGCACCUGCGACGGUGGAUUACGUGCAUGCAAUGUAUGUGGCGGCCAUGUACUGCCUGCAGAUGAACAAGCCAAAUGCCGGAUGGGCCUUUGUAUCAAAAGCUUCACUCCUUGCCCAAGCGAUCGGCAUGCAUAGUGGUACUGCCAUGAACUCUGAAGUUGUAGAGGAGAGACAAUACAAGAAUCGUCUUUUCUGGGGGCUCUACUGCCUAGAAAAGUCCAUCGCACUUCGUCUGGGUAGAUGUUCUACUAUCCGGGACCAUGACAUUACUAUUCCUCAGCCAUUGAGAGAGCAGAGGACUUCCUCGGGCUGGUUUAGCAGUCUACCGGACGGCAUAGAACUAUGCAGACUAUUUGGCCUUGUCUUUGACGAGCUUUUUAGUCCCAGCGCUCUUGUGCAGCCUGUCUCUGUUCGGAGGUCCCGCGCAAAAGUCUUGUCUGCUAAAAUAGAGCAAAGAAUAGCUUCAAGGGCCGUCUCUGACAUGCACCCAGAACCUCCGAGCCAGCUGAUCGAACCCAAGGUGCUCGCCUUUCUCAGACACGCCAACAUAGUCUGCGAUUACUCUACAUUGGCGUCUAUCUACAAGAGCAUACCACCGGAAGAUACUUCUAGUUCCUCAUGCCCGGAGUGCAUCUCCGCUGCGAGGAUCGCCCUCCAAGAGCAUGCCACCUGCAUCUCCCUGAUCGCAAACCAGGCAUCCGAAUAUCUCAUUCUUGACUUCUGGAUCAACACCUCGCUCUUGCUCUCACCUUUCAUACCUUUCAACAUUCUCUUCUGCAACAUUGUUGAGACAUGCGAGUCCUCCGACCUCCAACUUCUAGCACGUUUUGUUGGGGCACUCGAACUGGCUUCUGCUAUUCCGCGCUACUCGGCCGCCUGUCAUAAACAACUCCCGAUAUUCAGAUCCUUGUACGAUGUUGCGGCGAAAUACAUCGAGGCCAAGGCCAAAGUGUAUCAGCAGCACCCGUCAGCCAGCACUACUGCGGCCGGACUCGGGAUGGAAACUGUCGAGGCGUCCCCUUCUGCGUUGGCCAAGGCAAAGCAGUCAAAUAUGCCGAAAGAUACGUCCCAAGAUGGUAUGAAUGACAGGCCAGAUGAGUUUGGCGUGGAGAUGGAUUUAUCUAGUGUGGAGUUGGGGGAUUGGUUUUAUCAAAAUCAACAGAUGAUGAGGCUGUUGGAAGAUGGGUAA